CUCAGCUGAUGCGCGACGUGCAUCUGCGCCGCACGAGCGGUCUAUUUGUAAAAUUCACAAUAAACAAUAACUGAGCCCGACAACACACCAAUACACAGGUGAGGAACUCGGCUGAUGGAUGAAGAUGAGGAUGAUGUGUUCAAUAAGGCACGACAGCGCAGGCCUUCCUCUCACGGGCAGAUAAAGCAGAUAGACAGGGGUCUUGAGACCGCAGGGAGACCCCCUGUACCACCCAACGGUAUGCUGCGCUGUGGGGCGCAUGAGGAGUCCAGACGCUUUCUCUACGGUAACGCAGGAUUGCUAAUGCUAGCUCCAUCCACCCGCUCUCAACGUGCAGACGUCUUGCUACGGGAGAACCUGCAGGUGAUGGAUCCUCCUGCGCAGAGCGUUGAAACCCUCAUCGGGCACAAACUCCAGCUGAUCGGAGAUCAGUUCUAUCAGGAACAUAUGAUGCGUCUGAGAAACCAAAGGAACCGGCGGCCGCUGUGGUGGCGCGCGGCGUUGGCGUUCUACGCGCUCUUGUUCCAGAGGCGCGCGGCCGGUCGGGACAAUCGCAGGUGAGACGUCGGACAAACUGCCAUCUGUGUCCCGGUCCACCACACGGACGGGGCAUGUAACGGCACUGAAGAAACACAACGUCUCCGCAGGACGGUGACCGCUUUUGUACCGCAGCUCCUCUUUCCCAUGAAGAUGCCAUGUUGAGAUUCAGGAAUAUUUUCAUACGGUGUUUUGUACAGUUUAAUUUUGUAUUUGAAAUGACCUCCACGAGUCCCGGGAGCGCCUUACUGCCCCACGACACCGCUCCGAGACGGUGGGCGGGGCUUUUCAUUCAGAAAUCUUCCGGGACGUCAAUCAAAUUGACAACUUGCAAAUUUCCAAAGAGGCCGUUUGACAGAUCAAAGCUUUUUUUGCACUGCAGGACAUCCAGUUAUCUGUUUUCAUAUUUUGAUUUGUACCUUUUUUAUGACGUCAUUGUUGAGUUUGUACACUUCGAUCAUCUGAUGGGGUGGAGACAUUCGGGACGUCCUGCUGAAGAGGGUCUGAUGAAGAAUCUAAUCUGCUGUUAAUAUUGAGGGUUUGAUGCGUUAUCUGUCCGAUUGCAGUUCUUGUGUUCUGAUAUUUCUGGAUUGUGUCGAUUGUGUAAUUCAACAUUGUGCUGUUGGACAAAAAACAUUUCAGAUAUUUUCAUGUUAUGAAGACAUUUAUGCUUUAAAAUGAUUUAAAUGUCAUCACAUAAGAUCACAAAUUGUGUGUGUGUGUGUGUGUGUGUGUGUGUGUGUGUGUGUGUGUGUGUGUGUGUGUGUGUUCGCAUGUCUGUGUGUGUCUCUGUGUGUGUGUGUGUGUGUGUGUCUCUGUGUGUGUGUGUGUGUGUGUCUCUGUGUGUGUCUCUGUGCGUGUGUGUGUGUGUGUGU